AAUAAAAACACUAUCUCUCAUUUUCAUUACAUGAAAAUGAACAACAUGUUCAAGUAUACGUUCAGAAAAAUCAUGAAUUUUUAUUUCGUCAAAAUCUGCCAUUUUGAAGAACGUCAGAUGACGACGACGAACGGCAAUUCCCGAUCAUGUGCAAUGAAAAAAUUUCAACAACGGGUGAUUACGGUUAUUUCCGACAAAUACCUCAAAAAUGAAGAAGUUGAAUUGAACAUCGCAACCUGUGUCUCAACUUUGGGAAGCAUUUACGUUUUACUGCAGCAUGUCAGAAUGAGUAGUGUUGUCAAUUAUUUUCAAGGUCCUUUAAUUCCAGACAUUACAUCGCUUGUAUUCAGUUUUCUUGACACACAGGGAAAACAGAAUGCUGCCCUUGUGUGCCGUGCCUGGAGAGAUAUUGUCUAUUUUCCUGUUCAUUGGAAAAUGGUAACAGUUGAGUUACCAUUUACUUGUAACGACGUGCUUAUAAAGAGUCUUGUAAAAAGGCGAAUUAGUCGAAUCAGUUGUCCUAGAACAUCGGGUCGCGAUUUUGCCGUCAUCACGUCUAAUCUACCAAAUUUGACAUACUUGAACAUGGGAGGCUGUCCAAGAAUUACUGAAGUUGAGUUGAAACGUGAAGUCUGUCAAUUAACUAAAUUAAAACAUCUUGUUUUUAAACGUUGUUCAAGAAUUAGUGACACAUUUCUUGAAGAGUCUUCUCCAAAAUUGAAGCAUUUGAAAUUUUUGGUUUUGGAGGAGUGUGAGAAUAUUACAGAGUUUGGUCUUAGGACAUUUUUGCUUCAUGUUGAAGACUUAGCAGGCUUGGACUUGACAUGGUGUGAAAAUAUGAGAGAUAUUUCUAUUAAGGACAUUGGUCUAAACACUCCAAAUUUGCAAACACUUGUAUUACGAGGAUGUGAUUGGUUAUCAGUUACUGCUAUGAUGCAUAUGGUUAAACACUUAACAAAAUUAGUGCAUUUGGACUUUCGUUGGAGUCAUGGCAUAAAUGAUGCUGCUUUGAAAGUUCUUUCGGAGGGAGUUCCACUUCUGAAAUAUCUUGAUGUCAAAGAAUGUCCAUUAGUCACAUGUAAAGGAAUAAAAUAUGUUGCUGAAAAUCUACAUCAGCUUGUUUAUUUAGCAUUUGGUGGCUCAGAUAGUGAUAAUCUUCAGUUUUCUAGCCAUGACGAGGAGAUUGAGGAAAUGUUUCUAGCUAUUGCAGGAAUGACAAAACUGCAAUCAUUACACUUUGAUGUUGAUGGUGUAAAUGAUGUUUGUCUUCGUAAUGUUUUAAAAUGUUUAACCAAUCUGAUAAGUCUAGACAUGGGUUUUGUUAUUAAUUUAACAGAUACAACAACAAAGGUCAUCUCUCAGUGUUUACCUAACCUGGUCUUGCUGUCAUUGAAUAGCUCUUGUAUAAAUGAUGUUGGAAUCGUGUCUUUGGCAAAAAAUUUGAAAAAGCUGGUCACAUUAGACCUGCGCAACUGUCCCCUCACUAAUGAUGGCCUUUGUGAGAUUGCACCGUCAUUACAUCGUCUAAGAUCUUUAGUGCUAUCAUCACAUCCAAAAGUUACAAAUAUUGGAAUAAAGAGCCUAGCUGAACAUGUUCCAUCUUUAACAAGUCUUGACCUAAUGGAUUGUAAACAUGUGUCGAAUGCUGGUGUUUCAUUAAUUGCUUUAAACAUGAUUCAUCUACAGCAAUUAAAUCUUUCCUUCUGUCGUAAAGUGAGCAAUAAAGGUGUGAUAGAUAUUGCAAAGAAUCUCAAAAAACUUCGCCACAUAACUCUGGAUCACACUCGAACAACUGAUAAAGGAUUUAUUUAUAUUGCCAAAGAAUUGCCACAAUUGCUCUCGAUUGGUUUGGAAGGUUGUAAGAUAUCUGACAAUGGUCUUAAGACAGCUUCAAAACAUCUAAUGUACUUGGAAGGAUUUAAUUUUGGAUCACAGUUGAUCACUGAUGAUGGUGUGAUGUUUGCAUUUGAUAACUGCCAGACUCUUACAGAAGUAGCAUUGACUUUCUGUUGCAAAAUCACCUUAAAAAGUAUUGAACAUGCAAUUGAACAUCUACAAUGUCUGACAUAUCUUAGCAUUGAGGAGUGUUCCCAGAUAUCUUUGCAAAGUAUAAAUAUUAUCAGACAACAUAGUAAUGUAACAAUCAGUGCAGUUUGAAAUCAAAUGGCCAUUUUCUUGGCAUUUAUUUUCUUUCAUUUGAAGAGAUAUUUAUGCAGCCAAGAACAUUGUAGGUAGGGUUUAUUAUUUCAGGUAAUGUCACAAAUCUAAUGGCUUAAAAUGCAAUACGAUUCUGCUUUAUUGUCAUGAAAAAUUGCAUUGUAGCAAUGCUUAAGUUGAAAUAUAUAAGACAUUUCAAUAUUUAUUCAAUAAUUAAUGUGGUUGAUAUUGUGUUUAUGUGUAUUUAUUGUGCAUUUGUGGUGUAAAUUUUUAUGAGUAAGAUGUGCAUUAUAAUCAUAAAAACAUGACUCUACAAAUUAAAUAUAUGAAAUUGACCUAAA